GCUGGCCGGCUUGUCAGGAUGAGGCGGCUCAGGCGCUCCUCCGCUGCGUGACGUCGCCGGCCCGGCCUCGGCGGGGCUGCCUGGCCGAGGAGGCGGCGGCGGAGGGGUGCAGCCAGUCAGCGGCGGCGGCGGCUCGGUCAUGGCCCAGCCCGGGGCCAGCGCGGAGGCCACCGACGCUCUUCUUCAGCGAGUAGCAGAGCUGGAAAAAGUCAAUGCCGAAUUUCUGCGCACGAAGCAGCACCUUGAGCAAGAAUUUAAUCAGAAGAGGGCAAAAUUUAAAGAGCUGUACCUAGCCAAGGAAGAGGAUCUGAAGCGGCAAAAAUCCGUCCUGCAGGCGGCUCAGGAUGACCUGGAGCAGCUGCGCGCCCAGCUCUCAGAAGCCCAAGCUGAAAUGGAGAACAUCAAAGCCGUUGCCACUGUCUCCGAAAACACCAAGCAGGAAGCGAUUGAUGAGGUGAAGAAGCAGUGGCAGGAAGAGGUGGCUUCGUUGCAGGCUAUCAUGAAAGAAACUGUCCGCGAAUAUGAACUCCAGUUUCAUCACAGGCUGGAGCAAGAGCGGGCUCAGUGGAACCAAUACCGGGAGAACGUGGAAAGGGAAAUCGUGGAGCUGAGGAGGCGGCUUUCUGAAGGCCAAGAAGAGGAAAACCUGGAAAACGAAAUGAAGAAGGCCCAAGAAGACUCGGAGAAGCUUCGUUCUGUUGUGAUGCCCAUGGAGAAGGAGAUUGCGACCCUGAAGGAGAAGCUGACCGAGGCGGCAGAAAGGAUCAAGGAGCUGGAGGCGUCCAAGGUUAAAGAGCUGAAUCACUAUUUGGAAGCAGAGAAAUCCUGUAGGACUGACCUGGAAAUGUACGUGGCUGUUUUGAACACCCAGAAAUCCGUUCUGCAAGAAGAUGCAGAGAAGCUGAGGAAAGAACUUCAUGAAGUCUGCCAUCUGCUAGAGCAAGAGCAUCAGCAGCACAACCAGCUGAAGCACACCUGGCAAAGGGCCAACGACCAGUUCCUGGAGUCCCAGCGCCUGCUGAUGAGGGACAUGCAGUGGAUGGAGAUGGUCCUGACCUCGGAGCAACUCCGGCAGGUGGAAGAGCUCAAGAAGAAAGAUCAGGAGGACGAAGAGCAGCGGAGACUCCAUAAAAGGAAGGAAGACAAAGAGAAAGCGGCCGAGGACGAAUCCAAAGGAACUUGUGCCACAAUGCCCAACGAAUCCCUUCCGCCGUUCCCUGGUGAAGAGCUGCAAGUGAACAGCACUCACGGCUCGGUCCACUCCCUCGACACGGAUGCCUUGCUGUCUUCGGGAGAAUCCCUCAAGUCCGACAAUGACCUGUUCAGAGAGGGGCUGCGGAGGGCCCAGUCGACCGACAGCCUGGGCAUGUCGGGCUCCCUGCAAGUCAAGGCGCUGGGCUACAACAACAAGGCCAAGUCGGCCGGCAACCUGGACGAGUCUGACUUUGGGCCAUUGGUUGGGGCCGACUCGAUGUCGGAGAACUUUGACACUGCCUCCCUGGGCUCACUGCAGAUGCCCGGUGGGUUCAUGUUGACCAAAGACCAGGAGAAAGCCAUCAAGGCGAUGACGCCGGAACAGGAGGAGACGGCCUCCCUCCUCUCCAGCAUCACGCAGAGCGUGGAAAGCGCCUACGUGUCCCCGAGCGGCUACCGCUUAGUCAGCGAGACCGAGUGGAACCUCCUCCAGAAAGAGGUGCAAAAUGCAGGCAGCAAACUGGGCCGACGCUGCGACAUGUGCUCCAAUUACGAGAAGCAGCUGCAGGUGAUCCAGAUCCAGGAGGCGGAGACCAGGGAUCAGGUGAAGAAACUUCAGAUGAUGCUGAGGCAAGCCAAUGAUCAGCUAGAAAAAACCAUACGGGAGAAACAGGAGCUAGAGGAGUGCAUGAAGCAAACCACCGGAGAUGCAGAAAACCAGAUCUCAUCGCUUAUUGUCAGAGUUCAGGAGUCCGAGACCUUAAUUGCUGAUCUACAGCAGUCGUUUUCUCAAGCCCAGAGAAAUGUCCAGGACCAGAUGGCCAUCCUGACGCAGUCCAGGGAGCAGGUGUCCGAAGAGUUGCUGAGACUCCAAAAAGACAACGAAAGCCUCCAGGGAAAGCAUGGCCUGCACGUCUCUUUACAACAGGCAGAGGACUUUAUCCUGCCCGAAUCGGGAGAAGGACUCCGCGAGCUGGUCCUCAAAUACCGUGAAGACAUCAUCAGUGUCUGGACGGCAGCAGAUCACCUCGAAGAGAAACUGAAGGCAGAGAUCUUCUUCUUGAAAGAACAGAUUCAGGCGGAGCAGUGUUUAAAAGAGAACCUAGAAGAGACCCUACAGCUGGAAAUUGAGAACUGCAAAGAGGAAUUAGCUGCUGCUUCCGGCCUACGAGUGGAACUGGAGAGGAUGAGGGUGGCCAAGGAGCAGUUGGAGGCUACCUUGAAGGAGAAAGUGCAGCAGCUAGAAGGCUUACAAGAAAGGAGGAGCUGCCUGGAAGAGCAGCUGAAGAAGGAGACCGCGGCAAAGGCAAACCUGGAGCAGUUGAUGUUUGAGGAGAAGGACAAGGCGCAGCGGCUUCAGACCGAACUGGACGUCAGCGAGCAAGUGCAGAGGGAUUUUGUAAAGCUGUCUCAGACACUUCAGGUCCAGCUGGAACGGAUCCGGCAAGCUGACUCCCUGGAAAGAAUCCGCGCUAUCCUCAACGAUACAAAACUGACAGACAUUAAUCAACUUCCUGAGACAUGACACCCUCCGGAGCGGGGCUGUAAGGCUUCAUUUUGGGGGUCUUUUUUUUUUAAAGGGAAAAAAACCCCCCUCAUCUUUAUAGCAAAACAUUAAUUAUUAUUUAACUCUAAUGGAGAGAACGGAAGAUGGAACAGAAGAGCAGAGGCCCAGGCUUAAGUUUCUGGAAGGGAGAGAGAUUUGGAGGAAAGUAAGUAUUGGAGAGAAAUCACGAUGUGCGCAGGGGGCUCGGUGGCUCUGUCCACCUUCAGUGGGGUCAGGCUGAACAACCGACCUUCUCCGCUUGCUCACUUUGAACCUAACUGCAGGACACACUCCUUCUUCCCCCCGCCCAAAUAAAAAUGCUGUUAUGAAGGUAGCUGUUGGAAACUAGAUCCCCCUUCCCCAAGUCGGUUGGAAGGAAGCCGUGGUGGCCACCCCACUACUGACGGACUGGUCCACAACAGUAUUUAGCUAGCUGGCGAGCAGAAUGUGGUGGUGGUAUAGUAUGCUGUAUAGAUAUUUUAUAUUAAAAUGUGGAUUUUUUUGCAGGACACUGGGGAUUGGGUUGGGUUCACGAGCGCAGUGCUCUUUUCUUGUCCCUUGUCUGUUGUCCUGGGAGAGCCUGAGUUGGCAUUGAGGACACCAUGGGAAUAGUCAGAGAGCAGAAAUCCACCAAUUGAAAACGCAUCAUGAGAAGGGGAGAGUUGAGGGCCAGACAACUAAAAUCCUGGGAGUGGGCAAGAACACUGAAAGGCACCCCAGCAAUGAUGUUCUCUCUGAGCUAAUGUUUCAGCCUUUCCCUCGUUGUGGGGUGGGUCCUAAUGUGUGGUGGGUUUCCCCCAUGCAGUGGGGGGAAGAGGAAUGAAUCCUGUCUUAAAUCUAGAGGAUGCAAGUCAACUUUUGGUGUCUGAUUUAAACAGAAACUGUCAACAGCAAGGGGCGGCCAGCCUAGGUCAGAGAAGGUGCCCCCUCCCCUGUAGAUUUUGGAAGCUCUUAAAUGCAAUGCCCUUGGUAGCUGUUGGCUGCUCUUUGCAGAUUCUUAGUCCUUGGGCUCUCCAGUUUAUACGUUGCGAUGAUGUUGCAGUGCUACAACAGAGUGGUACUUGUGAAACAGCAGUGGAACUUGGAUUGAAUCUUUCUUGAAUGUUCUCCCUUGGAAGAAGGCUGCUUUGGGCACAAUCGCCUUCCUGGUGUGGGGAAUCUAAAUGUAAAGUUUGCUAGGAAGGGAGGGAGCACACCUGGCCUGCAGGUAGGAUAGAAUCUGUUGUGGAAUUUGGAUAACCUCUGGCUUUGGCAGAGAUGGUAUGAAACUGGACUCGUCAUGUGGUCUGCCUGUCUCCCUUUGGACGUGUGUUAUUUCACCUCAGCCAGGAGGUUCCAUACUCUCCCACCCGAUGCCCUGUGCAAGCUUGUAACUUCCGAGAGGGUUGUGUUUUAUUUUUAAUUAAAUAAAUGAGCUUUGUGUGAAAUAACGGUUCCCCUUCUUACCCAUCACCAGGGCCUCUGCUCUCUCUUUCCCCAUAGUUGGCAGAACAACUGCUGUGGGUCAGCCACCAUGGGCUUGGGGGCCAUCUUUUUAUAGUCUCCUCUCCUGUCCGUCUUCCUGCUCCCCAGAGCUCAGCAGUGCACGCACAAAGCUGGAGAUGAGGCUAGCAUGCUCCUCUUGAACUUCUAAUCAUGUUUGGCACUAGGAAUUUGCCUCUGGCCCAAACAAUUGGUCUGAAUUCCACUGUGUGUGUCUUAUCAGCGUAAACUGGAGAAUUGCCGUAAGACGCUCAUCCUCUACAGAAUGGCCCACGGUGCACAGAGGGCCAUUUUGGCUAAGAGUCCAUCUCUGAUGGCAGCCUUUUGGUAGCUCCCUUCCAUGUGGAUUUUGUCUCCAAAACGUGGUAGCGAUCACUGAAGAACGAACAGUUCCUCUCCAACAAUCUGCUUUCACAAGCCUCUUUAACUUGGGUCCAAGGGAAGGGUUCUGUACUCUCUUCUGACUUCCUUGGUCACCCAAAAGAAAUUUGAAGCACUGCUAAAUCUUCGGGAAAGAGCAAGGUGCGUUCAAAGACUCCUCUGUCCCGUUCUGUCAGAAAGUGUCCUGGACAACAAGACCACACCCCCACACCUCCGGUCUGCUUCCAUUUUAACAGCUUGUGUAAAAAGCAGCUCAAAGGGAAGUGGCUUGAGUCUGGCUAGAGUAGAGCUGUAGUUCCCAUCCUGGGUUCCUCCAGAUGUGGCUGGACUACAACUCCCAUCACGCCCAGCUACAAUUUAUGAUGGGAGCAACAUCUGGAGGAACCCUGGUUGGGGACCACGGGAGUAGAGAGUUGUGUGCAACCCACCAUGAUACUCUAUGGUCCAUGGCACAAGUGACUGUUUUGGUAUGGAAGUGAGGUUUGUCGGUCCCAUCCCGAGAAUUGCCAUAGGACGCUCAUCCUCUGCAGAAAGGCCCACGGUGCACAGAGGGCCAUUUUGGCUAAGAGAUGUCCCUGGGUCCAUGCAGGAGGUGAGAAGCCAAGAUCCAUGCUGUACACACAGGGUGAUGAAUUAGAUGCUACUCCUUCCAUUUCACCCAUAGCACACCGGCCUCCCGAGUGAAAAGUGAGCCUCUUUCAAGUGAAAUGAUCAAACUGUGGAUUCAGUCAUAUUUCUUCCACAUUUUAAGCUUGUGCCGAGAAGGCGGGGAUGGGAUGUUUUGCCUGCUUCAUCACAGAAGCUGCCCUGUUGGUGGAAAGGACUGCUUAACUUUUUUCUUACUGACUUUCAGUCUCUGGCACCAAACUGUAGCGACCAGAAUGGAGUGCAUCACAGUUGCUGCCGCUGGGUGUGGAAUAGGCAAGGGAAGCUGGGCAGGUUUUUACUCCAUUCUGUAUACUUGUACAGUCCUAAUACGUGCAAAUUAAAUCCUAGCCGCAUGUCUGGUAAUGACCUUGUUCUUGCUAACAGUUAACUGUAACCUCCCCUUCUUGACUCCGGUGGCAUCACUGUACAACUUUCCAACAUGGAUUGGCCGCAUCUGAUUUUUGGAUGAGUGUGGGAGGCGGGGGGGAACCGGAAUUAUAAAUAUAGUCCCAUAGGUUGUGUUUAUUUAAAAACUAAAUGGAAAUCUGUUAGCCUUUAAGUUCCAACCCAGAGGGUUUGGAGUCCAAUGAACUGCAUUCCAACAAACCAAGCCACUGGUGUCCUGUGAAACUGUGGAUGUAGAAUUCUCCUGUCUACCAAACAAAAAAAUAAAAAAAUUGUAACCAUUUGUUAACUGUAUUGGAGGUGUAUCUUUACAAAAAGUGUUUCAAAUUAAAGGAGGAGAAAACAA